AUGUCAGCCAUCCUUUCCGCAGACGACCUCAACGACUUUAUCUCGCCGGGCGUCGCCUGCAUCAAACCCGUGGAGACCCUACCAACAAACCAACCAGACCCUCAAGCUCAGUCCCUCGAGUUCGAAGUCAUCCUCGAUGGCCAACAACUACAACCAGGCGCCAACGGUACCGCAGCCCCAGCGCAAAUAUCCCUCACCGACUGCCUCGCUUGCUCUGGCUGCGUCACCUCGGCCGAGGCCGUACUAGUUAGCCUGCAGAGCCACAACGAAGUUCUCAGCGUACUUGAUGGCGCCCCGGCGCUGCGAAUAGUCCCUCCUGUUUCGGAUGGUGGGAGGUGGUCGGUCGCGGGGCUCGAAGACCCAAACGCCAAGUUGUUCGUGGCCAGUGUCUCGCCGCAAACCCGAGCUAGUUUGGCGGCGGCGUGUGGCGGUGCGGUGACGGAAAGGCAGGCCGGAGGGAUGAUUGAGCAGCUCCUAAUGGGUGAGGGAGGGUUGAAGAGCGGAGGGAAACAUGGGAAUGGGUUCACAUGGGCCGUUGAUACCAAUACCGCACGGGAAGCGUGCUUGGUUCUAGGGUCUAAUGAGGUUUUGGGCCCCCGAGGACGGGGUUCUGAUCCUGAAAAGCCCGCUGCCGUCACUCCACCCAUUCUCACCUCGUCGUGCCCGGGGUGGGUUUGCUACGCGGAAAAGACACACCCAUACGUUUUACCGCACCUGUCACGGGUUAAGUCUCCGCAGGCGUUAAUGGGUACACUACUCAAGACGUCUCUCAGCCGGACACUAGGUAUCCCGCCCGAGCGAAUAUGGCAUCUGGCAGUGAUGCCAUGCUUUGAUAAGAAACUCGAGGCAAGCCGAGAGGAAUUGACGGAUAUUCCCUGGUCUAACGACCAAGGCGGGAAUAAAAAGGGAGUCAGGGACGUUGACUGCGUCAUCACAAGUAAAGAGGUACUGAUGCUCGCUGCAUCAAGGGGGUUAGAUUUCUUUACGCUGCCUAUACCCACAGCGGCGGCUUCUAAGCAGAAGCAGCCUGUAUUUCCCGACCCGACUAUCGGGAGAUUCCUCUUCCCGGAGCGGUCGCGCAGACAGCUGCGUGAAGACGGUACAUCGGGCGGAUACCUACACUACGUCCUCCAGGACGUCCGAUCGAGGCAUCCGGGUUCCCAAAUUCGAACGACACGCGGCAGAAAUGCCGACGUUGUCGAGCAUGCCGUCAUUUCCGCCUCCGGCGAGACCGUCUUCAAGGCGGCACGCUACUACGGUUUCCGCAACAUCCAGAACCUCGUUCGAAAGCUGAAGCCAGCCAAGCAGUCGCGCAUGCCCGGCGCCAGACCGGUCGGUGGCGCCCGACGCCCAGUAGGCAAGACCGCCGGUCUGGAAUACGCCUAUGUCGAGGUUAUGGCCUGCCCAGGCGGCUGCACCAACGGGGGCGGCCAGAUCAAGGUCGACGAUCAGGUUAUCAUCGACCGUCAAGGGUUCGGCGAGAAACCCGGCCCAGCCGAGCAAAAGGUGUGGCUUGCCCAGGUCGAUGAAGCGUACUUUUCCGGCGAUGAACCAGAUGCUGCUACCGCCACUAAAUCCGGUGAUGACCACAGCAAGCUUGUCGCCGGCAUUUCCCCAUCCCAUAUCCGGGAUACCUUGGCGCAUUGGGAAGAAAUAACAGGCAUACCGCUGGAUAGAUUGGUGUAUACAAGCUAUCGCGAGGUGGUCAGCGAUGUCGGGAAGACCAUCAGCGAUACCGAGCGUGUUGUCCAGUUGGCCGGCAAGAUUGGUGGCGGAUGGUAA